GUCUCUGCUCGGCGCUGAGAGAGGCGCAGCAAAACCGGGCCGUUCUGCCAGGGCACUUCACACACGCACACAGACAGCGCGAGUGAGAGCACCGGCUCACCGGGACCCCUUUCACUCACACAGAGAGCUGAACCUACACAGUUAUUAAGCGCACUGCAGCUCGGGGCUGCAGCCUGCGACCCUGAACAGCGCGCAUCUAUCCACAUUUAAACUGCAGCUACUAAACAGCGUUAAAGCGGAGGGGCUGAGCAGGCACGGCGAGCUUCUCCUAAAGCAGAGCUGAUCUCCCGCUAAGGGAAAGCCUGCGUUCAGAGAGCACUCUUUUCCUCUCAUCCACACUUGCAUGACGAUACUGGAUGACAAAAUGACGACCACCAUGGACACGAACAACAACACAGGGGGAGUAAUCUCAUACAUCGGCUCAUGUGGAGGCUCCCCAAACCGCACCAGCCCAGUAUCAAUGUACAGUGAGAAUUCCAACAGCAGUUCUCUGUCACUGACGCAGCCGUGCUUCGGCUCAUCUUUCCCACCUUCUCCCAAUGGCUCCCAUGAUUCUUCACGCAUGUACACCAGCAGCAGCAGCAGCAGCAGCUCUGGCUCUGGCGAGGAUGGGAACUCAUCAUGCUCGGGAGGAUCCCCAAGGGGUCGCGAUGAAGGCACCAAUGCACGCAACUCACCUAACAAAUCAGUUGCUACGCUUACAAAGCUGAAUGGGAUGGUGUUACUCUGUAAGGUCUGCGGAGAUGUGGCUUCAGGUUUUCACUACGGUGUCCAUGCUUGUGAAGGCUGCAAGGGGUUCUUCCGUCGGAGCAUCCAGCAAAACAUUCAGUACAAAAAGUGCCUGAAGAAUGAGACCUGUACUAUUAUGAGGAUCAACCGCAAUCGCUGUCAGCAGUGCCGUUUCAAGAAGUGCUUGUCUGUGGGCAUGUCUCGGGAUGCUGUCCGUUUCGGCCGCAUCCCAAAACGUGAAAAGCAGCGCAUGCUGGCUGAGAUGCAGAGUGCCAUGAAUAACAUGGUGAAUAACCAGCUGCAGAGUGAAUUCCAGCUGGCUAGUAUCAAAUCUGCCACCCCAUCCUCUUCGUCAUCUUCAUCCUCAUCACCCUGUCCAGGUCUAACUGUGGCCCCUCAGCCCCAGCCUCCUGCUGUGCCUAUUGCGCCUUCCCCCUCCCCUCCUGCCCCUGCCUCCCCUCUAGCUCAGCCAGCUCAGAGCCCUCCUCUGAUUGCCACAUCCCCACCUCCAUGCCACAGCCCUGGGGUGGACACCACCAUAACUGCUAUCACCCGAGCCCACCGUGAGACCUUUGUCUAUGCUCACGAUAAGCUAGGCCCAGCAAUACGACCCCACAAUAAUGUUGAUCUGGGUGACCAAAUUGGCAAUCGUUGCUCAGCUGGCUACCAUGUUAAUGGCCACAAUACAGUCUACCACAAUAAUAAUGCAGGCCUGCAGUGCAAUGGCUUCGAAGUGGCACCUGAUAAUGGACAUAACCUCCAAUCCUCACCAGUUUCCAUUCAGCACCAUCAGGGGAUACCACACCAGAACAAUGGGCGACGCCUCCACAACAACAAUUUCUUUGGGGAUCAUCAAGGCAAAGAGACCAGCAACAAUAUCCAGUCGCAAAACUGCCCAUGGAAGAACCGCAAGGACAUUCUUCUCGCUUGUCCAAUGAAUAUGCAUCCUCAGGCAGAUCCUAACAAGACACCUCAGGAGAUCUGGGAGGACUUCUCACUUAGCUUCACACCAGCUGUGCGUGAGGUGGUGGAGUUUGCCAAACACAUCCCAGGUUUCAGCUCUCUAUCCCAAAAUGAUCAAGUCACCUUGUUAAAGGCUGGGACCUUUGAGGUGCUAAUGGUGCGUUUCGCAUCCCUGUUUAAUGUCAAGGAGAAAACCGUAACGUUUAUCUCUGGCACAACCUACAGCUUAGAAGCUCUAAAGAACAUGGGAAUGGGAGAUCUGUUGGGAACCAUGUUUGACUUCAGCGAGAAACUCAAUGCCCUUGAGCUCUCUCCAGAGGAGUUGGGACUCUUUACUGCUGUGGUGUUGGUGUCUGCAGAUCGCUCUGGCAUUGAGAACAUCAACUCAGUGGAGAUGCUCCAGGAGAGCCUGAUCCGAGCCCUCCGUGCACUUGUCAGCAAGAGUGCUCCUGGUGAUGCCUCACGUUUCACCAAGCUACUGCUCAAACUGCCAGACCUUCGCACCCUCAAUAAUAUGCACUCUGAAAAGCUUCUCUCCUUCCGCAUUGAUGCCUGAAAGGCCCUAAAAUGCUGCAAUUACCAGCCAGCUGAGUCAGAGUUUGUGGGUAGUGGUGGGCUUAAUGGAAGGCUUUGCAAAAUGAGCAUUGGUGCUCCUUUCAAGAAUACUCCACCAACAGCUGACUGACACUGAUGGUGCUCAAAGACUUGAACAUUAAUUACAAAAUUGAAGGAACACACAAGCACCAAGUGCUAUCAGAAGAGUCAAAUGACUAUUUAGGGUUUUUGAGCUUCACAUGAAAUGGUUGAUGAAAUUCAGCCACCAAAAUCAAUCCCCUGAUGUUUCAUACUGAAGGACAAUGCAAGGCAUGGACUCAAAGAUCCAACCAAUCUGCAACCUCCAGUCCAGUGGGAGCAAGCCAUAGGGAACAAGUGCAAAAAAGCCUCUGGCAGGAAUGCAGUCAAAAGGCUCAGAAAGAGGACAGCAGAUGUCAGAUACUGGGUCAGUUAUUCCAGUCAGGCUUGGGCUCCUCCAAGAGGCUGCCAUACUUAAGACAGUGACCAGGUUGUCUCUCUCAAUAAUGCAAAACAAAACAGAUGACUUAUCCCACAUGUAUACAUCCCUGUGACUUGUGUAAAUAUGUAAAUAAGCAUAAAUCUAUACAUACUUGAAAUGUUUCAAAAUGUAUAAUAUAUUCUAUAUAUAAAUAUAUUUUUUUGUAAAGUUUAAACACUCAAUGAAAAGUUAUAUGUGGGCACAAUUGUAUAAGAUGUCAAGUGUAUGCAUAUUAUAGAACAAUAUUCAGACAUGUAUUUCAGAUGUGUUUUAAAUCAUAAAGACCUUUUCUGAAACGUGAA